CGUAUUAAAAAAUCUCUCACUCACUAAAUUGGAUCAAAUUUGAACAAAGUAGAGAUGCUAUUGAUGGCCACCUCCAUAAGACCUGCAGCUCCUUCUCUUUCCUAUUUCAGUGGUAGAAAGGCAUCACUUGUAUCAAAAGCCAAAGCCUGCAGCAUGUCUAAAGCUAACUCCACUAGUCCAAAAGCUGAACCACCAUUGAGUCACAACUCUAUUCCCACAAAUAUGAAUACCCAUAGGCGUUCUGGGUAUUACAAACCUCCUACCUGGCCUUUCGAAUAUAUCCAAUCCAUUAACAAUGAUUAUGUGGGAAAGAACUAUGUGAAGCGAUUUAAUGAACUGAAGGAGGAAAUACGGAAGAAGUUGAAGAUACACGAUAUUGAUGGAGCAGAAUUAGACAAGCUGGAGCUGAUUGACAACUUACAAAGACUUGGACUGAGUUACCACUUUAAGGAAGAAAUCUUUCAAAUUUUGAGAAGCAUACACCAACAACAAAUAUUACAGCAGGAAGGCAGAAACGUAGUCUCAGGAGAAUAUUCAUUAUUAUACGCCACAUCAUUGAAAUUUAAACUCUUGAGAGAAUAUGGUUUUGAUAUCUCUCAAGAAACAGAAAACACUUUGAAAUUCGCCACAAAAGUCACAAAGUCGGAGUUGAAGAAUUAUCUUGAAAAUUAUGAAUACAGUGAGGAGAAUGUAACAACAACAUUAGUCCGCCAUGCGUUGGAGCUCCCUUCUCAUUGGAUGAUGUUGAGAUUAGAGACAAGGUGGUACUUAAACGUUUAUGAGAAAAUGCCAAACGCUAAUCCUCUUCUGCUUGAGCUUGCCAAGUUGGACUUCAACAUUGUUCAAGCAACACAUCAACAAGAAUUAAAAGAUGUAUCAAGGUGGUGGAAGAACACAUGCCUGGCAAAGAAGUUGCCAUUUUCAAGGGACAGAUUGGUGGAGUGUUUCUUUUGGGCAGUAGGGAUGGUACUCUUUGAGCCUCAACAAGGACACUGCCGAGUAAAUCUGGCAAAGAUCAAUGCUCUUGCUACAACUCUUGAUGAUAUUUACGAUAUUUAUGGGACUUAUCAUGAGUUACAACUCUUCACUGAUGCUGUAGAAAGAUGGGACUUAAAAGCAAUGGAGCAACUUCCAGAAUACAUGAAAGUAAUGUACCUUGCGAUGUUCAACACAAUCAAUGAAAUUGUGUACGAAGUUCUUAAAGAGCAGGGUAUCAACGUCCUACCCUACCUUAUAAAACCAUGGACAGAUUUGUGCAAAGCUUACUUGCGAGAAGCAAGAUGGUACUAUAAUGGAUAUAAGCCAACUAUGCAAGAAUACAUGGAUAACGCAUGGAUCUCAGUUGCAAUGCCUAUGAUAUUAACCCACACAUUCUUCUUAGUUACCAACCCAAUUACCAAAGAGGAAUUGGAAUCAUUAAGCAAGUACCCAGACAUAAUUCGAUGGUCUUCAACAAUUGUUCGCUUCGCCGAUGAUUUAGGGACAUCUUCGGAUGAAUUGAAAAGGGGGGACGUUCCAAAGUCAAUCCAGUGUUACAUGAACGAAACGGGCGCUUCCGAAGAAGAGGCAAGAGAACACGUACAAUAUUUGAUAAAGGAGACAUGGGAAAUGUUGAACAAAGCUCAGACAGAAAACUUGUUAUUUUCCGGAAUGUUUGUUGAAAUUGCAAAGAAUACUGCAAGAACGGCACAGUGCAUGUAUCUGCAUGGAGAUGGGCAUGGAAUUCAAAACGCUGAAACUAAAAAUAGCAUAUCCAAAAUACUUUUUGAGCAUAUCACAGUUCCAAAUCCAUUCAUGAGUCCCAAUUCAUCCCCAUAAUUAAAGCUAGAUACUAGUAUAAUUUAUUUGUAUUAAAUAAGACUCUUAACGUGUGCAUGCGUAAUACUAUUUGUGAAAGCAGUAGUGAGUAAGAGAAAGUAGUCAACUUAUUAAUUACGCGAUAUAUAUCUUGUUUUGAUGGUUGUUACCCAUCAUUUUACAAUGUAGGUGUGAAUAGAUUGUAUCAUUUGAUAUAUUUUAAUAACAUUCUUAUUAUUUGAUUUAA